GGGCACAGCUGUUUUCUUUUGUACAGAAUCCAAUUCUCGCCAUGUCGGUCGCCGAUGUGGCCGCUGCAUGGCUGGGCUACGCUGUGAUUGCCGGAGCAUGCAUCGUCAAGGUGCCGCAAAUAUAUCUCAUGGUGAAGUUUUCGAGCGCCGAAGGUCUCUCCGAAGUCUCCUGCGCGCUGGAUGCCAUUGCGGCGAGCAGCUUUUCGUACUACAACCUGCUCAAGGGCUAUCCCCUGGCCGGCUGGGGCGAGCAGGCCAUCGUGGCUGUGCAGGCCACUGCGGUAGUGAUCCUGGUGUGGGUCUAUCGCGCAGGGACCGACUGGAAGAGCAGGACAUUUGGCUUAUUGCUGUGGAUCCUUGCGAGCGUGGCCAUUAUACUGAAGGGCCAUGACCAAGAGGUCUUGCUGCUGGUGCUGGGAACCGCCCCCACCUUUCUCACGGCCAUCUCCCGUGUGCCGCAGAUCAUGCUGAAUUGGCAGACGCAGCAGACUGGACAUUUGUCAGCCAUCACCUUCUUCCUUCAGUUCCUGGGCAGCGUGGCGCGUUUCCUGACCACGCUGCAGCUGCUCGGGAGCGACACGUUGUCGUUGGUCUCGCACGCAGUUGGGGCAAUUCUCAACUUGGUGGUCGUGCUGCAGAUCCUGGCGUACGACCCCGACGUGAAGAGCGCGGUGAGACCGGUGAAGCCUCCUGUCAUUGUGCCCAUCUCGGAGAAGUCGGUUUGAAAUCCCUUCGCCAUGGGCUUUUCUCAGAACGGCCUAGCUCGUUUCGGG